AAGGAAGUGAUGCGCUAUCAAUAAGUUAGACAUGCGUAUCUGUAUAUGUUCACUUUUCCGAUCUGAUAAAAAGUUGGACGUAUUUAGAGCCCACCGUCAAGGGUAGCUAGCCCCCUUGGGGUCUUCCCCUCCCGUCCGCUGCCUUUUUAAAGCUUAUUCACAUGGUCUUUCCCUAGUUCAGAUGCACUUUCACAGCAGUCACUGGUUUUUGUAUGCAGUAUAUCAACUUAAUGUGAAAACAAAGGACCAUCAUCAGCCAUUUGAAGUUACACAUCAACGGUUUUAUUGAGACUUGUCAUGCUGGCUGUGACUCUUUAGUGGACACUCUAAAUUGAUAGUGGUUUGUCUCAACAGAAGUGAAAUUUAUUUUAAUCAAGUGUACUCGUCCAACAUUUAAGGCAUUCCUGUGGAAAUAAGAAUGAUUAAGGAUAAAAUAACUGCAUUUGAAAUUGAUAUGAAUCAAUUAUAUCUGCCUCUGAGAGUUUAUGCAUAGUUAAACUCAUUGUUUGUUGAAAAAAACACGAUUUUAAUUUAAAUACACAUAUUGACUUCUGCAGGAAAUGUGUAAUGCAGUUAAUUUCAAUGAAUUGAAAACAAAUAAUUAACAUUUUAAUAAAUCUAAUGCUGUGACAACUUACACGUUUUGGUCUUUUCACAAUGAUGUAACAGAUCAUCUCCAUUUGUUUCACUGCCCUGGCGCUCCCAUUACUGGAUUAAUGGAGCAGUGGAUAUUUCUCAGGAGUACCCUAAAAGUGAAUGAAAUGACCCUCCUCCCCAUUCGACGCACACAGUAUAAAACACAGGCAAAGUUGGGAAUCUGACAGAGGUGCCUUGACCAGCGAGAAAAAAAGACUUCAGCUGAAUUUUACAAUAGUUGCAAUAUAAUGAUUCGCUCCAGUGCUGUGAUGUCGCUGGCUCUCUGCCUGCUGGCUUGUAUUCACUCUGGCAUAAACGCAUAUCCAGCCAAGCCUACCAGUCCCCGGGAAGACGCACCACCUGAGGAGAUCGCCAAAUAUUAUUCUGCACUAAGACACUACAUCAAUCUCAUUACGAGACAGAGGUAUGGGAAACGAGACACCCCAGAUACUCUAUUUUCAGAUGUGUUGGUGAGGGAGAGCACAGAGAGAAUUCCAGGAUCAAACUAUGUCAGGUAUGAUGGGCUGCCACUGUGGUGAUGUUGCUCUCAUGUCCAGGCUGACUUACCACAAAGCUGCUGCCAUGUCUAUUACUGACAUGAAAUGAACGUGUGCUGCAUGGAAUAAACAUUGUGUAAUUUAACUUC